ACAAGCAAACAUUUUAGAGAGAGAGAGAGAGAGAGAGAGAGAAGGGAACAGCAAAGCAGUCAUGGAGGCAAAAGCAUUUCCUAUGAAUGGAGGUGAUGGCGCCUAUAGCUACACCAAAAAUUCCCAAUAUCAGAGAGCAUCUUUAAAUGCUGCAAAGGAUAUGAUCAAAGAGGCAAUUGCGGAAAAAUUUGACAUAACAAGCAUCAAUUCAGACACUAUCCGGAUUGCAGAUCUGGGUUGUUCUGUCGGUCCAAACACCUUCAUUGCUAUGCAAAACGUACUCGAGGCCAUCGUAGAAUCGAAUCAAACCUCGAAAGAAUUUCAAGUGUUCUUCAGCGAUCACGCUUCCAACGAUUUCAAUACCCUUUUCGCCUCGCUCCCUCCGGAUAGGCACUACUUUGCCGCGGGAGUGCCAGGUUCUUUCCACGGCCGCUUAUUCCCAAAGUCUUCUCUCCAUUUGGUGCAUUCCUCUUACGCACUGCAAUGGCUCUCCGAAGUGCCAGAGGAGUUGCUGGACAAAAGCUCUGUUGCUUGGAACAAGGGGAGGAUUAACUACACAAGUGCUUCCGAACAAGUAGCUACUGCUUACGCCACUCAAUUUGCGAAGGACAUGGAUAUAUUUUUUAGCUCCAGAGCUGAUGAGAUUGCUGCUGGAGGGAUGAUGAUACUGAUCAUGCCCGCUCUCCCAGACGAAGUUCAUCAUUCUAAGCUCCCGGCUGGUGUGCUCUUUCGUUUUCUCGAGCAGAGCCUUACCGAAAUGGUGAAAGCGGGAUCCAUAACUGAAGCUCAAGUUGAUGCCUUCAACUUGCCUGUGUAUGCUCCAACUCCCACGGAAAUGACACGGCUGGUAGAACGAAACGGGUGUUUCAAAAUUGAGAGAAUAGAGUUAAAAGAUCCCAGGGCAAAGUUUGAUGGACCACUUGACAUCACUGCUCUGAUAAUGCACAUCAGAGCCGGCUUCGAAGCAAUCUUAACCAAACACUUUGGAAGCGAGAUCAUCGAUGAGUUGUUCGAACGAACAAUGAAUAAAUCUGCAGAGAUUUCAAGCCAGAUUGAAGCAAGUUACAGCAAAGGAACCCAACUGUUUUUGGUUCUGAAGCGCAAAUGAUACGAGUUCAAGUGCCCUUUCCCUCCUCAUGAUCAGGGUAAUCUGCCAUAGUAUUUCCAGUUUUGAGUGUCAACUGGGUGCCCCUUUAUCAUGUACCGUUGUGGUGGUCGAAAAAUAAUGCGCUCGUUGCCCUGAUAUGAUGGUUAUAGCAAAUGGUGGGGAAUAGAAGUCUAUGGGAUGCACAGCACCUUACAUACCGUAAGAUUAUUAGGAUUAUUUGUCGUGGUCUUUGCGUUGAAGAAGUGUAUCGUAAGAAAACCCUUUUGGUCACAAUACACCGCUUCGUGGCCAGCUAUGUAUGUAAUGAUGUUUUACAAAUAUUAUGCUUCGCAAUAAUUGUUUUUGUUGCGCCA